CGGACGUCCAGCAUCUUCGUUGUCUCUCCCUCCUCUCCCCACCCUUCCACUGCAUGGGCACAUCGACGGUCUCCUCUCAGACCGAUGCCCCACCCGCCGAACGCCCCCUCUGGCGCUCCGUGUUGCUCGUGGGCGUCUGCACGCUCGCCAUGAUCACGAAUGUGCGGGGCGGGUUUUACGUCGAUUAAGCUUCCCAUUGACUACCGCGCUUCUGCAGCUCGCGUCCUCGACGGCGGUGUCGGUGUUCAUACCCGUGAUAGCAAGGGAUCUACAGAUCGCGGAGAGCCAGCUACAGUGGCUCGUGUCGGCGUUCUCGCUCUCGUCGGGCUGCUUCCUCCUCCUGCUAGGCCGCAUCGCCGACCUCUACGGCCGCAAGAAGCUCUAUGUCGCGGGCACGCUCUACCUUGGCCUUCUCUCGCUCGGGUGCGGAUUUGGGAAGUCGGCGACGGUGCUGUACGUCCUACGCGGACUCCAGGGGCUCGGUCCUGCGGCGUUCGUUCCCGCCUGUCUGGGUAUCCUGGCUCACGCGUUCCCUCCCUCGCGCGCACGCGCAAUCGCAUUCGCGACGUUCUCGGCCGGGGCACCGAUCGGGGGUGCGCUGGGAACCCAGAUUGGCGCGCUGCUCACGCAGUAUACAGAAGCCUCUUGGCGUUCCCCUUUCUAUCUCAUCGCCGGGCUCGGAGUGCUCUGCGCCGUCGGCGGCGUGCUAAUCAUCGAUCCAGACGUUCCCAGCACCGAGGCCGAUCGGCGGGUUGAUUGGCUGGGUGGGUUCCUUGUCACUGCCGGAUUGGUCUUGCUCGUAUUCGUGCUCGGACAAGGCUCUAUCGCCACCGAUGGGUGGCGGACCGGCUACAUCAUCGCGAUACUGGUGGUCAGCCUCGUGCUCAUUGGGUUGUUUAUUGCAUGGCAGCACUACCUUGAGAAGAAUGCUGCGACACAGCGUCCCCCGCUGAUGAAGCUCUCGAUGUGGAAGCGGGCCGAUGGCAAAUUUGCAGCGAUGCAGGUGAUCGCGUUCUUCCAGUGGGCGGCAUUUUUGUCUUGGUUCUUCUGGGCGCAGGUCUACUACGAGGACUACAUGAAACUAAGCCCCAUCCUUACUGCUAUCCGAAUGCUGCCGAUGACCAUUACCGGCGCCCUGUGCAACUUGUUCGUCGUGCUGGUCAUUGCCCGCAUGCCGCUUGUCGUUCUCAUAUGCACCGGUACACUAGUCACCGGCAUCGCCUCGCUGUUAUUCGCGCUCAUAGACCCCGCUGCGCCGUACUGGGCGUUCGGUUUCCCCGCCACGAUCACCGCCGUAUUCGGUGCUGACUUUGUCUUCGCGGCAGGCACGAUCUUUGUCGCCAAGGUAUCCUUGCCACACGAACAAAGUCUCGCAGGCGGGCUGUUUCAGACUCUGACCCAGCUCGGUACCGCGUUCGGUCUGGCCAUCUCUACGAUCGCGUUCGAUGCUAUUGCACCUGUGGGUGGAGGUCCUCCACCGAUCAAAGCAUAUCGGGUGGCUCAGUGGACCGCUUUUGGCAUGGCUAUGCUCUGCACUGUGAUCGGUGCUGUCUUCCUCAGGGGCGUAGGGCCAGUGGGUGCCCCGGAUCCGGUCGUAAAACAAACCGAGCCGGACGACGGUGCGCCUGUAGAGACGGAAAAAAUAGAAGUUUAUUCCUAAUGACUUACCGAACGGCUAAACGCCUGAGCACCAUGUCAUCUCGAGCCGUGAGAGAAUGGGCACGAGAAGCAGAUUCCCGUCGCCCUGGCUAUUGUGGGAGAGCGAAGUACCGGGAAUAGUGACAUGAUCCGGCUAAAUGUACUCCUCUGUAUGGAGGCUCGGAAGGCCCUGCUCACAACCGAGACAGUUGACGUUGAUAGGCGAUGUAAGGACCCCAUGCGCACGAUGACAUGCUCCUUUUACGUACAUUUUCAAAUGUUAAUUCUAACGCACAUCGGGUUUAAGCCCUGGAUUUUUGUCCAACCCGUAUGGUGCGGUCGACUUAGAGACCACUACUUGGGAAAAGACUGCCAAAUCAG